AUGGGGUGGGUCUCAUCCACCACAAUAUGGAUCAUAAUGUGGAGUUGCCUAUUGCGGGGCUUUCAGUUAGCUCCGCAAACAUCUCCAAAACAAAUUCCAUGUGAUAAAACAAGGAAAGUUUUUACUGAAUCUUGGGGAAUCAUUAGUGAUGGACCUUUAGGUUCAAAUUAUACUCAAGAUUCUCAUUGUGAAUGGCUUAUAAAAGCUAACAACAGCCGUCAAUUUAUUACAUUAAGUUUUCGUACAAUGGGAACAGAAUGUAGUUAUGAUUAUGUUUUUGUUUAUGAUGGAGACUCUUUUCGAUCUCCGCUCCUAGGUAGUUUCAGUGGAAAAACAGAGCCACAACAAGUGACAUCAUCAUCUGGUUAUAUGUUAAUCUUACUGUAUAGUGAUACAAAUUACGUUUUGGAUGGUUUCCAUGCAGAAUUUUCAGUUACAAAUUGUCCAAAUAAUUGUACAAAUCAUGGAAAAUGUAUAAAUAAUACUUGCUUCUGUGAAAAUGAUUGGGGUGGUAGAGAUUGCUCUAGAGCUCUUUGUCCCAAUAAUUGUAGUUAUGGUGGGGAAUGUGGUUUAAAAAGAUGCCAGUGCCAUAAUGGAUAUUCAGGACAGUCUUGCUCAUUACAUAAAACACAUCCUGAAGGAAAUAAGUGGCAUUGGCUUUCUCAUUCAGAAGGUGGACUUAGGCCAAGAGCAGCACAUACAGCAGUGUAUAUAAAAGAAACUGAUUCUCUUUAUGUUUUUGGUGGUUAUGAUCUCAAUUAUAUACUCAAUGAUCUGGAAGUCUAUCAGUUUAGUACAAGUCAAUGGGAAGAUGAAUAUGGUAAUGUACUAGAAGGCACCUCAUCUGCGGAAUAUUUAGAUCCUAUGCUCAUUGCUACUGAGUUAGAACGGAUAGGAGCGGGUGCAAAGGAACUGUACGGUCUUCGUACGUCGUCCCUUAUUUGGAGAGUACUUUACAGUAUUAAAGACAAUAAUACUUUUAGUUUACGUAAUCAUGCAAACGCAGAAAAUGAACAGCAUGGUUGGCCCGAUUUUAAAAACGCAGCAGAACAUAAAGAACAUGAAAAAAGAACCCAAGAUAGCAGAGAUGGUGAAUCAAGUAAAAGUACAAUUAGGAUAGAAAGAAAUGAUGAUCUGAAAAGGAAACAUUCGAGGCAUCCUAAGCCUCGGUAUGCACAAACAGCAAGACAUCGUCGGAAUCUUGAAAACUUAGAUCUUUAUCAAGAACUUCGCGCGGCAAAUAUAAGAAGCGACGUAUUAAAUUGGGAGAAAGAAAAUGCUGAUGAUUCCAUUGGAGAGAAUAUUUUUAGUCCGGAACCUAAAUCCGAAAAAGAUGAAUCAUUUAAACAUGAAUCUACAAAUCCACCAGUUGAUGAAUUACCUAAACCGAGUUCACGAUAUGGUCAUGCUGCCUGUAGAUACGAGGGUGGUUUUGUUAUAUAUGGCGGAAAAGUACAAGAUGGUUCUUUGUCAAAUGAGUUAUGGCAUUACAAUGUCAACACACGUUCGUGGACAUUACGGGCUAAAAAUUCUCCAUUCUACCCACCGCAGUUGACAAGACAUACUCUUACUUUAGCGAAUGAUUAUAUUUAUCUUUUUGGUGGUAGCACGGUUGAUGGUGAAUUUUCAUCGAGUCUUUAUAAGAUCAAAUUGAAUUUAUCCGAUCCUACAGUAAGUACAGAAAGAUGGAAAGAAGUACAUCCUCGAGGGGGAAAAGAAUUAGACGUACGCGUAGUAGCACAUUCAACUGUAUACCAUCGCGCCACAAAUUCUUUGCUAGUUUACGGAGGAGUAGUAGCUAGCGUCGCACGAUUUAGUAAAUUAUCAGAUAGAAUGUUUGUAUUUCAACUUGACAGAAAAGUUUGGUCCGAAAUUCAUUACCCGAGAGCGCAUUUAAGAGAUACUUAUGUUCCGAGAGAACGGGCAUUUCAUACUUGCAAUAUUAUAGGGAAUUAUUUAGUGGUGUUUGGUGGAUAUUCUCACAGACAUAACAAAGAAGAAAUUUGUUAUGAUAAUCAAAUGUAUCUUUACCACUUAGGCUGUCACGUUUGGGUAAAUCAUGACGUAUUAGGUUUAAAUGACAAAGAUUCUCGUUAUCCAAAGCAACAAGGAGUAUUUGCACACGCGGCAGAUGUACGAAACGGAAAUACUUUGUUAUUAGUUGGUGGUUAUCAUGGAAAUGUAAAUGCAGAUUUACUUGCCUAUACAUUACCACCAAUGCUUGCGCCUGGAGACGAAGAUUACAUAGAACCUGAACAGAUUUGUUCAAAACAUAAAAGUUUAAUGGAAUGUUCAGCUAAUCCAGAAUGUGGUUGGUGUUCAGCAGAUGAGAUAUGUUAUGGUAGAACAAUUGGUAGUAAUUGUACAACUAAUCUCCAAACGACUCGUUGUCCAGGCGUUUGUCCUGCACUUGGAGAUUGUCAUUCAUGUUUGAUACACGGUCAACCUGGCGGGGGUUGGGGUACGACUGCCCGCGGCAAAAAAUCUGUAUCGAAUAAAUUAAAUCUCGGAACUUGUACUUGGUGCGUUCAGAACGCACGUUGUCACCACAAAGAUGAUAAUUAUGGGGUUUGUGGUCUACGAGAUGAUACACCAUUACAAAUACCUGGAUGGUGGGGUCCGAAAGGCACGGAAAUUAUAAAGGUCGAAGAAUGUCGCGAAAUGGAUAAAAGACCAGGAUUGACAUUUUUAAAAUAUAAACCCCCUGUAAAUUUUAGUCAACCCGAUUCGGUUACCAUAGUCAAUGCCACUACAGUAGAUUUCAAUGUACCAUCCAUGCAAGGUGCAAAGACAGAAUCUGCCCUUGGUGGAGAAAUGAUUGCUAGAUUAAUCGGCUUUCUCAGACCACCUCACUUCUAUUGGGAUAGCACAGUGGAACAUCUAAAAAUUUGUGUCAGUUAUAACAGUGCCACUCUACAUGUAUCACGAAGCGAUGAUCCUCAAGAAUUGGAAUUAGUUGCAAAUUUAACUGCUGAGACAUCGCAGUGUAUUCCAACGAAAUGGCCCGACGGAUAUCAAAUGAUGUUAUUACCAGGACGAUAUUUAUUAGAUUUUGAAUCUAAGAGAAUGGUUACGACGAGUUACGCGUACGCUAGUAAAAUGGAAAUAACUCACAAUAAGAAAACCGAGAAUCCAAAAGUUUUUACGUUCGAAUAUCUUGAACCAUAUCAAAAUGGAUCGUGUCAUCAAUAUAAAAACUGCCUUCAUUGCUUAACUGAUUCUUCGUGCGGUUGGUGUGAUAUUAUUAACAAAUGUCUUUCACGUUCCACUAACGAGACUGAAAGUUGUAUAGCUGACGUAGAAUGGGACGAAGAUGGUACUCCAAUCCGUGAAUGGCAUUAUUUAACCAUCACUCCUUCAACUUGUGCUAAUUGUUCUAAUUACAUAUCUUGUGAAUCUUGCGUCGGUAGCAAUUUAUGUGAAUGGUGGACAGAAGAAGCUCGUUGCGCACGAAUAGGGAGACUACCUAAUGCAGUUGUUAGUCUUGAUCAGUGUCCAAUUCCCUGUAGACAACGUUCGAAUUGUACACAGUGUUUGGACGAACGUGGGAGGUGUGUAUGGUGUGAAGCUACGCAGGAAUGCUUCUCUUUCUCGGUAUACACGUCUGAAUAUCAAUUUGGAUUAUGUCGAGAAUGGAUGGAUCAAGCUGGUCUAAUGGGUGUAACAUCAAGAUCUGGAUCGUCUCUAACAGGCAAUGAUCAGUGCAAAAGCUGUAGUAGGCACACAAACUGUUCUAGUUGUUUACAUUCAUUAAGCUGUGGUUGGUGUUAUAGUUUAGAAAAUCCUAUUAUGGGAGCAUGUGUACAGGGAGACUUCAAUCAGCCACACGUCAAUUGCAGUUUAGUGAUUAACGAUGAUCAGAAUACAACGUUAGAAUCUGAUGAAUCAGGUUGGGCCUACGCUCAAUGUCCAGACGUUGACGAGUGUGAUUUAGGCCUGCAUGAUUGUCAUCCUAAUGCAGUGUGUACUAAUACCCACGGUAGCUAUAGUUGUCAAUGUAAGAAAGGUUUCAAUGGCGAUGGCAAAGAGAAUUGCACGAAAACCUGUUACGAAAAAUGCGUUAAUGGCUACUGUAGCGAAGCACCUGAUUACAAAUGCGAAUGUUAUCUUGGAUGGACAGGACCAGAUUGUAGAACGAAUUGUGGAUGUUACAAUCAUUCCACUUGUGUACAAGGCCCAGGUAUUUGCGACGAAUGUCAAGGCUGGACUACCGGUAGAUAUUGCGAAGAAUGUAAAGCAGGCAGUUACGGUAAUGCUAUAACACCACUUGGAUGUAAAAAGUGUAAUUGUAAUGAACACGGAGACAAAGAUUUAGGUAUUUGCAAUCGGUCUGGUAUAUGUUUCUGUCGUGACAAUACCGAAGGGGAUAUGUGCGAACGUUGCAAGAAAGGAUAUUAUGGUGAUCCAAGAGACGGUGGAAUGUGUUAUUACGGUUGUAUGUCACGAGGAAUGCUUGGAGGCGAAGGAGCUGGUAGACAAGGUCUUGGCAGCAGACACUCGCAGUCAUCUUUAUGGGAAAGUCAUUUUGGAGACUCACCAACAAGAGAAUGUCUCUGGAUAGUAAGCCCAAAAACAGAUCUUUCAUCGGAUACUAUGCUUUCAGCAACUCAGAGUGUAAUACAAUUCACUAUACACAGCGAUAUAAAUGUUAGUUGCCAAGAGAACAGCGUCUACGUAUACGACGGACUUCCAGAAUUUGUUUCAUCAUCGACUAGUCAUCAAAGUCAGCUACUUGGCGUUUACUGUACAGAAAGUACAGACUACCCUGUAACUGUGGAAGCUAAGUCUGGCUUCCUUACUGUUCAUUAUAAACAACUAGAUGAAGUGGAGGGUUUUAAUGCAAGUUAUCUGAUAAUGACAUGUAACAAUUGUCCUGGAAAUCGAGAAUGUCGCAACGGGAACUGUUUAUGUAAAAUCGGUUUUGUAGGAAUCAAUUGCGACAUCGAAAUAUGCCCUAACAAUUGUACUUCGUCGAAAAAACAAGGAGUUUGUGAUAAAGGCUAUGGACGCUGUGUUUGCACAGCUGAUUACGGAGGUCGCGAUUGCUCCAUUAAGAUUAAAGAACACCAAUUAAUAUUUACUGAAUUAUUUAAUUCUGAAUAUUUAGCCGAUCACUUGGAUCAUCUCCGAAAAACUCUACCACGUUUUGGUCAUACAUUAGUUGCCGACAGAAGGGGUAGCCUGUGGAUGUUUGGAGGAUAUUCACUCAGUCAUGGUCCUUUAAAUGAUAUCAGAUUAUUCGAUACCAAAAAUAAUACAUGGAUGCCAAUUACUGUCGAAUCUACUUCAGAAGCUUCUAUGCCUCAAGGUAGAUACUUUCAUGCAGCCGAGAUUGUGCAUAGUAGACAACAGAUAUACGUUUAUGGUGGAUUAUCAAUGAAAGAAGAAGACAUUCAAGGAUUAUCGAACAAUACACUGAGCGACUUUUGGAAGUUCAGUUUGCAAAAUCAAAGAUGGAUGCAAAUUAUACAGGAUGAGUUUAAUAGAGAACCAUCACCUUUAGCCGGCCAUACAUUGACUCUACGUAGAAGUGGAGAAUCAGAAAGUCUAAUAUUGAUUGGAGGAUUCAGCCCUAAGUAUGGAUACCUUGAUACAGUAUGGGAAUUCAACUUGGAGACAGAAACUUGGGAUACGAUAAAUACAAUUGGUAAUGGACCAUUAGGUGUUUACGGGCAUUCAACUGUGUACCAUAGCAAGUCGGAUAGCUUUUACAUUUUUGGUGGAUAUACUUAUGCAAUAAAUCGUACGUUUAUUUCCAACAAAUUGUAUGCACUGAAUUACAAAACUCGAACGUGGUCUGUGCUUCCACCAUUUGAUGAUGAUCUUACCGAUGGAAAUAGUUUGCCACAAGCUAGAUUUCUUCAUUCUGCAGUCACCACUGAUGAGUACAUGGUAAUAUUUGGUGGUCGCCAAAAUCCGCAUAAUACUUCUGAUUCGUUGAUCGCUUAUAAAUAUUCAUGUAAUUUGUGGAUCCGUUUAAUAACGAAAGACAUGGAAGUUAUUGGAAGUCCACCACCACCUGCAUAUGCCCAUGCAAUGACUCACGCGGAUCCAGAAUCUAAUGCGGUAUACGUUGUUGGAGGUUUUGACGGUGGAAUCAAAAGUCACGUCACUCUAAUAAGCAUUCCUGAAGAUUUGUGUAAUCUUUGGACGGAUAAAAUAACUUGCAGAAAAUAUUUUGGAUGUUCGUUCUGCUCUGUUAUUACAAUCAGUGGGAAUAACGCUUCUUUCUGUUUCUCUAAUGAAGUUUCAGUUAACAAAGAUGAUCGAUGCGAUAUUAAUGUUACCCAAGCUCAACGAUCAAAUGGAAUAUUUUGUAAUUCAGAAUGGAUGGCAAGUAGAAAAUGUCAAAAUUUUAAAACUUGCACAGAGUGUUUAGCAGAAUGGCCAUAUUAUAAAAAUGAGGAGCCAGUAUGUAAAUGGUGCACAAACUGUCCAAGUGGAAAGUGUAUACCGUCUGAGAAAGUUUGCGAUGAAUUAAAUAAAUGCAGCAUCAGGCAAAUAUCCAUGGCCGACGUGAAUCAGUGCGGUGAACGGCAAUGUCCAGCAAGUGAUUGUGAGAAGUGUAACAGCCUCGAAGGUUGCGUGUGGACAAGACAGGUUUUAAAAACUUCUGAAUUGGGAUUAGCAGUAACCGGUGAACCGGCAUAUGAUUGGAAUUGUGUACCGGAUUACAUUUUUGAGAGAUCAAGCAUCAAAAUGGGAAGCACGCAAUGUGAAAAACGAUGCGCAGAACAUAAAGAUUGCAAAAGUUGUUUAAAGGGUACAGGAGCAGAAGGUGGAUGGCGAGAAUGUCGAUGGUCGACACAACUUAACGAAUGCAUUUCUCCAUCGUACCAACCUCUUUACUGUGCUGGAGGCGUAUGCGGAUUAGUAUUGCGAAGCUCGGAUAUGGAUCAUUGUCCUGAACCAUGUUCUGUUUUCAAGCAGUGUAACACGUGUUUAAAGCAUUCACACUGUGGAUGGUGUUCUUUAGAUUUAGCUAAUAUAACCGGUCAAGGAAUAUGUACAGAAGGUUCACUUGAAGCACCUACAGAUCAUCCAGCUGGUGGAACAUGUGAAAUGUUAUACUACCAACAAUUCCCUCAGACUGAACCACCAUUCGUAACUACGACAUUUCCGCAUUAUUUAGAAUCUUCAGAAGCUCCGGACAAUGUUACAAUGUUAAUUCCUAGCGUUUCAUCAAAACCAGUAUUUUCUUGGCACUAUGUACGAUGUCCCCCAGAAGACGAAUGUACCAAUGGACACCACACAUGUUCCCCAAAAAGUGAACAAUGUUUCGAUUUGACAGAAGGAUUUGAGUGUUUGUGUGGUGAUGGAUAUAAAACUGCAAGUCCGUCGUCGUUUAAUGAAUUUGGAAGACGAAUUUGUGUACCAACGUGUACGCAAGGUUGUGUUAGAGGAACUUGCGUAGAACCAAAUGUUUGUCGUUGUGACUUUGGUUACGUAGGUGCCAAUUGUUCCAUUCAGUGCCAAUGUAAUGGUCACAGUAAUUGUGCAGGCCCAGACAAAUUAGAUGUCUGUUUAGAAUGUCAUAAUAAUACGAUGGGACCACAAUGCGACAAAUGUCUACCAUUAUUUGUUGGAAAUCCAGCUGAUAAUGGACAAUGCGUACCAUGUCUUGAAUAUUGUAACGGGCAUACACGAAUUUGCAUUAACGAAAGCAUGACUGUACCGGAUCCAAAUUCCAUUGACAAAAUGUCUAUAGAACUUUUAAAGAAACAAUUGGUCGAAGGUCCUGUAGCCAAAGCAAAAUGUGUAAAUUGUGGGAAUAACACUAAAGGUGAUAAGUGUGGUGAAUGUAUGACCGGUUAUUUCAGAGGAACAGAAGAUCCUCGUGCUAUCUGUCGGCCUUGUGAAUGUCAUGGGCAUGGAUUCACUUGUGAUCCCGUAACAGGAGAAAAGUGUAAUUGUGGUAAUAAUACAGAAAGUGAACCAUCCUGUGCUAGCGGUCCGAUAAAAGGUUCAAAUACCGGCGGCCCGCCAUGCUGGAUGGUACAAUGCAGUAAAUGCAAGGAGAACUAUGCUGGAACACCAACCAUGGGUCAUCAGUGUUAUAAAACUGUAACUGUCGAUAACAAGAUGUGUUUUGACUCGAAGUUGAUAGACGAGUGUAAGAUGAAGCCAAAACCAUUGAAUCCCGGUCAGACGGUAUUUUACAUGGUACAACCUCGUUUUAUGAACGUUGAUAUCAGAGUUAUGGUAGAUGUAACUCAAGGGGCUUUAGAUCUAUUUCUCAGCCCGCGCGACGAUUCUUUCGUUGUUACUUUAAAUUCGUCAACAGGCUAUCAAGAUGUUGAACUGGACAGCAGAUUCGUGUGGCAUAAAGACCAGCACAAUAUGUGGCUCGAUGAACAUACUCGUAGCUUAAUGAGAAUCGUCGAAUUUCAUCCGCACAAUACAUUUUCAUUUGCAUCUAAUGGCACCACCACAGAACCAACUUGGAAUACCGGCCCUCAGUACAUUGUAAUGGAAUGCUUCGCAGAAGGUUUGGCUACUUUUUUAACAAUCGAGAACAGAAACACGUUCUUAGUGGUAAGGAACCUUACAAAUCGAUUAGUGUUAACUUUGCCACAAGAUAAGCACGAACUUCAUCAAACAAAGUUUCACAUCGCGUUGAGAGCAAUUGAUCCAGUUUAUCCGGAAACAAGCGGCCGAGCCGCGUACGGGAUGAUCUUUUUCCGGCAAGAUCAACUUCACAUAGAUCUUUUCGUAUUCUUCUCCGUGUUCUUCUCCUGUUUCUUUCUAUUCUUAGCUGCUUGCGUAGUCGCUUGGAAAACGAAACAAGCAGCCGACGUACGAAGAGCACGGAGAAGACACGUUGUCGAAAUGUUACACAUGGCUAAGAGACCUUUCGCUUCAGCUACCAUCAUUUACGAUCGAGAUGGUAACGACUGUAGUCCAAGUUCGCCUCAGCGAAAAAGUAGACGCAAUAAAUUAGUUAGCUUUCACAGUGAUGUUAAACCAGUAGCAGUGGAGCCUACCGAUGACGGUGUUGCGGCUGUAGCCACUGUCUUCAUCAGAUUACCUGGUGGUCGACAAGCUCCAGUUAAAUUGGCUCUUGGCAGCUCAUUGAUACUAUUAACCAGAGUGUAUCCGGUUAACAGUAGAGUGUUCCUAAGGCGUAGAAACAGUCACGCGUUAAACUGAGCUUCUUUCUGUAAAAACAUCUUUCUUGCUAUCUUUAAGUCUGCUUAAGCUCUCAGAAAAAAAAGAAACAAAAGGAAGUAACGGUCAUUUUUAUUCUUUAUUUCUGCUAAUCAUUUUUUCAUUGAUCUCAAUCUGUUUUAAUGGUCGAUUUGUUUAUAUCAUCUGCAUCAUUGUGCAUAUUGAAGCAUUUCCUAUGAACAGCGUAUAUCGUUGAAUUUUUGUAUAAAUUUAAUAAUCCGUGAUUUUAAAAUCAUCGAGUUUAACGAAUGAUAUUAUUUACUACACGUAUAUGUCAUCGUCGACAUUGUUCAAUGUUCGCCAGUAAUAUGAACUCUUAGGUAUAACGAUUGUAUUAUAGUCGCAAAGAAACAAUUGUAAGGGUAUUUAAGAUAAGUAAUAAUAUAUAUAUAUAUAUAUAUGUAAUACAUAUAGUGUCAUACCAUUCCAUGACGAGACUGUAUGUUUGUACAUAAGAAUCUGUAAUUAUGUAUUAAUUCGUAAUUUACACACUUUUGUAGAACCAUUUUAUGUAACAGGACAUGGUUUUGUGUCUUGGAACAUUUAUAGAUACUUUCAGCGGAAAGUGAAUUAUUUUAUUGAGUCGUCUUUAAAAAAAAAUUUAUAGGAUCAUCUAUUGAGAGAUACGAACAAAAGAAAAUGCGAAGGCAGCUGCAAGUAUUAUUCUCAUUAGCAAGAUAUGUUUAUGAUGUUUAGAUUAAAAUUUUGCAUACAAUUAUGAAUCAUUUGAAUAGCACUGAAAUUCUUUGUCACAAAAGUACACGAGACAAAGUAAUUUUAUUAUUGUCACGAAUGAUAUUAAAACAUUUGCUGUUGAACAAAUUGUAAAGCUUCAAGUGAUAAUAUGUCAGUGUGGGAUUUCUUUGCGAUUACUUUUAAUAUAAUGAAAAAACGCAAUAAUAUUCGCAUGCCAAUCAACGAAAGUUUCUAACAGCUAGCAUAUAGAGUGAUUUUCGAACAAGAUGUGUAUGUAUAAACUUAUGGUCAUGUGCAGCUUGGGCUUUUCUUAAUUAGAGGACAGAGGACAGGGUUCUCCUAAGAUUAAAGUCCAAAGAAGCCUAUGUUGCACCCGAGUGUACAUGUAUGUAUGCUGUUAGAAGUUUCAUUAACGCUAUCAUUUCAAAACGAGUUAUGUCCGGAUCGUUUAAAAAUUAACAGUAUUAGAAGAGUUGGUUAGAAAAAAGCUCGAAUAAUGUGUGAGUCGAAAAAGGUUCCUAUACCAAAAUGAAAAAAAUAAAAAUAAAAAAGAACUGAUGAGAAAUAAGGAGCGCCGUAGCAUUAAUGAUAUAUUAUUUAUAACAAAAAACAAUAAGGAUGUAAAGGAUUUUAAUUAGAAGAAAUUGUAAAUACAAAAGAUGCACAUUGCAGAUAUUUAUCGACACCAUAUAAUACUUUCUAAUUGUAAAAUAUAUUAAUAGCAUGAUCAUCGAUAUCGCCUCAAAAUGAAAAAAUGAAAUGUGUCCUUUAUCAAAGAUAAUGAGCCAAGGUUACGUAUUAAUCAAAACACAUAGAUAAAUAAAAUAGGGUUUUGAUGUAAUAAUAUUAAUAAUUAAUAGUAAGAAGAAUUGUAAUAAGCUAACUAAUCCAGAAAGUGAGCAAUGUAGUGACAUAGAUGUAAAUAUCAUGAGGCGUUUACUCUUCUUUUUUCUUCUUUUUUGCUAAACUAUUAUCAAACGAGUUUUAAUAUAUAUAUAUUUUGUACAGAAUCGUUCUUGGGAUAGUUGUUAUUCUGGUUCGGAUAUUUCUUAUCCGUAUUUGUAGAAGAAGCUCUGAAAGCUUUGUACUGUAUAGUCUUUUUAAAUUCUUCUUAUAUAAUUCAUUUUUAUUGAUGUUACAUCUGUAAGUCACUAUUGGAAUAAUAUUUUAAUGCAUUUAUUUUUGAUAAAUAAUAUAGAAUCAAUCAUAUUUUCUGUAGAUACAGAGUGAAAUUUUUAAGCAAUUUUUUCAGAGCAGUUAUGUGUGUCAUUAAUAUGUUAAAAAAUGCACGGUUGUUCCUUGAUUGGGAACGGUGGUACACUGACGUAUGAGAAUGUAACAUGUCUUGUCUGUUAAAUCUCUAAAUUUAUUUCUCUUUUUCGUUUUCAUGAGUCUCGUCAUUACGUUCUUGUUAACAAAAUAUUUUACAUUUCUCUCUGAUUUUCAUCGCAAUACAUAGGUAUUCAUUUACCUUCACGCGACCAACUAUCCUAACUCUUCAUCAGCAAAAUUUACGCAAAAGUCUGUAAGCAUAUGUAUAAGAUAUAAAUUAACGUAUAUGUACAUUUAUAUAGAUCUACAUGAAUAGAUAUAUAUAUAUACACACGUGAAUAUAUGUAUAUUACACAAUUUAUAUAUAUUACACGAUGAAUGUAUAAUUCUCGGUUGUACAGAUCUGAGCGUUAUCUCCAAAAUGUUCUAUUUUAUAUAUAAUUAUUACAUUGCAUUCAAUGUAAGCGAUAUCUUCCAAUGCCGGCAUUGCAUCGCGUUGAAAAAACGUUUGUAACAUUAUGAGACACCGUCGUUUAUAAAAUAUUAAAGAAAAGGUUGUGAGGUCUGGGUACUGUGGGGAUCUCUUUAAGGGGUUUACCACUUUCUCAUGGAUUUAUUUGUAUGUAUUAUGGGGAGGAAUAUCAGGUUGUGCUAAUGAAAAUUAAUGAAUUGUAUUGAGACAGCUUUAAUAAACAUGUGUAAAAUUGGGUUUCA